AUGGCUACGUCUAUCCUCGGGGAAGAGCCGAGAUUUGGAACGACUCCCCUGGCCAUGCUGGCCGCCACCUGCAACAAGAUCGGCAACACUAGUCCCCUGACCACCUUGCCCGAGGCUAGCGCCUUCGCCAAAGGGGGCUUCCACCCCUGGAAACGCUCCACCUCCAGCUGCAACCUGGGCUCCAGCCUCUCGGGCUUCACGGUGGCCACGAGCAGGGGCUCCAACGGACUGGCCAGUGGCACGGGCACGGCCAACAGCGCCUUCUGCCUGGCUUCCACCUCGCCCACUUCCUCGGCCUUCAGCAGCGACUACGGCGGCCUCUUCUCCAACUCGGCGGCGGCGGCGGCGGGCGUGUCCCCGCAGGAACCCGGCGGGCAGUCGGCCUUCAUCUCCAAAGUGCACAGCUCGGCUGCCGAGAGCCUCUACCCGCGGGUGGGCAUGGCGCACCCAUACGAGUCCUGGUACAAGUCAGGAUUCCACUCCACUCUCUCGGCGGGCGAGGUAGCCAACGGGGCGGCCUCCUCCUGGUGGGAUGUGCACACCAACCCGGGCUCCUGGCUUGAGGUGCAGAACCCGGCGGGGGGGUUGCAGAGCUCGCUGCACUCGGGCGCCCCCCAGGCCUCGCUGCACUCCCAACUGGGCACCUACAACCCCGACUUCAGCUCCCUCACCCACUCCGCCUUCAGCUCCACCGGCCUGGGUUCUACGGCCGCCUCGCACCUGCUCUCCACCAGCCAGCACCUGCUCACCCAGGAGGGCUUCAAGCCCGUUCUGCCCUCCUACACGGACUCCAGCGCGGCGGUGGCGGCGGCCAGCGCCAUGAUCUCGGGCGCCGCCGCCGCCGGGGGCGGCUCUGCCCGCUCGGCCCGCCGCUACUCGGGCCGCGCCACCUGCGACUGCCCCAACUGCCAGGAGGCCGAGAGGCUGGGGCCAGCGGGGGCCAGCCUGCGGCGCAAGGGGCUGCACAGCUGCCACAUCCCCGGCUGCGGCAAGGUGUAUGGCAAGACCUCGCACCUGAAGGCGCACCUGCGCUGGCACACGGGCGAGCGGCCCUUCGUCUGCAACUGGCUCUUUUGCGGGAAGCGCUUCACCCGCUCCGACGAGCUGCAGCGGCACCUGCGGACUCACACGGGCGAGAAGCGCUUCGCCUGUCCCGUCUGCAACAAGCGCUUCAUGCGCAGUGACCACCUGAGCAAACACAUCAAAACGCACAACGGGGGCGGCGGGGGCAAAAAGGGCAGCGACAGCGAUACGGACGCCAGCAACCUGGAAACGCCGCGCUCCGAGUCCCCCGACCUCAUCCUGCAUGAGGGCGUGGGCGCUGCCGCCCGCGGACCGGGCAAAGAACCUACCGCGGGGCCCGGUGACUCCUAG